AUGGGUCGUAACAGGGUAAGAAAAACAACAAUUGGCACCUUCACACAUGAAGAAAUGUCGAAUGCCGUAGAUAUGGUGUUAAAUGGUGUUUGUUCCAUUAGGGAAGCCGCUCGUCGAAACAAUUUAAAAAUCCCAACUGUUGCCAGAUAUGUCAAGAAAAAAUCAAAAAAUUCUUUAGCAAGAAUGUGUCCCAAGUAUAAUUCUCGACAAGUAUUCACGUCAUCCAUCGAGAAAGAAUUGGUAAAUUAUCUUUUACAAUGUUCAAAAAUGUGUUAUGGCAUAGGUUAUUCUGACUGUCGUAAAUUAGCAUUUCAGUUGGCUUUAAAAAAUAAUCUUGUUGUACCUCACAGCUGGAUUAUUAAUGAAAUGGCUGGAAUUGACUGGAUGAAGGAUUUUAUACGUAGAAAUCCCACUAUAAGUCUUAGGAAACCAGAAGCAUGUAGUCUGUCACGGGCUACUUCAUUUAACAGACACAAUGUUUCAUUAUUUUUUGAUAAGCUUGAAAAUGUUUUGAAAAGACAUGAUUGUUUUGGGGAUGGCUCUAGAAUUUAUAACCUUGACGAAACAGGCGUUACAACUGUGCAGACACCCAAGAAAGUUAUAGCCCAAAAAGGUGUAAAACGUUUAAACCAAAUUACAAGUGCUGAAAGAGGUGUCUUAGUAACUGUAUGUUGCAUUAUUAACGCGUAUGGCCAUGCAUUACCACCAGUAAUUUUAUUUCCAAGGGUUCAUUUUAAAAAUCAUAUGAUAAAUGGUGCUCCUCCCGGGACACUUGGCUUAGCUUGCCAGUCAGGCUGGAUGAACACUGAUUUGUUUAUUGAAACAUUGUUACAUUUUAUUAAGUUCACUAAUUCAUCAAAAGAAAACCCUGCUCUUCUUAUCAUGGAUAACCACGAAAGUCACAUUUCAUUAAGCUCCAUUGAUUUAGCAAAAAGUAAUGGCGUAACUAUUUUGACAUUGCCUCCUCAUUGCAGCAAUCGACUACAACCACUUGAUGUUUCAGUUUAUGGCCCAUUUAAGAAAUAUUAUAACUCUGCCGUUGAUGCAUGGUUACAGAACCAUCCAGGGAGGACAUUAGAUAUUUAUAAUAUUGCACCAUGUAUAAAUUCAGCAUUCGAUAAAUCAAUGACUAUGAAAAAUAUUCAGGCUGGUUUUAAAGCAACUGGCAUAUACCCAUUUGACAAAAAUAUAUUCACAGACGAUGAUUAUUUAGUAAGUGCUGUAACUGAUCGACCAUAUCAAAAUGUUGAUACUUCUAUCGUUAAUAACAAUUUAUUACCUCAAUCAAGCAGUAGUACUACAGAAAUAAAAACAAAUCAAAAUAUAAAUUUAACUAAAAAAAGUGAAGCAUCUUUUGAUAAACCUGGAAGACAACCUUUAAUUUUAAACACAACUGAGUCCACAAAUGUCAGUCCUGAUACCAUUAGACCAUACCCUAAAGCAGAUGAUCGAAAAAAUAAAAUGCAUAACAAAAGAAAAAAAGUAAGUGCGGUUGUUACAGACACUCCAGAAAAACUUAAAAUAGAAGAAGCUACAAAAACAAAAAAUGAAAAAAUAAAAAAAAGCCUUUUUCCUAAUAAAACCAAAAUAAAGAACAUUAAAAAAAUAAGCAAACCAACCAAACCAUUAGAUGAAAAUAACAUUUUAUCAGAUAGCUCAGCUGACAUGUGUGGUCCUGUUUUUACAUCAGAUGUGUCGGAUGCAGAGUCAUUUAGUUUUGAUGAAAUUACUGGUUUUGAAGAACUAGAUAAAGACCCAGAAGAGGGUGACUAUGUUUUAGUUAGAUUUGCCUGUUCUAAUUCUAAACAAGCAAAGAAAACUAUUUUCUAUGUUGGAAAAAUUAUUAAAAAUGUAGACAACGAAGGAUUUUUAGGAAUAUCUUACUUAAGAAGUUACAAAAAAUCUAAAAACAAGUUUGUUCUGCCACAAGUGCCAGAUUUAUCAUCUGUUUGCCUUAAAGAUAUAACUGCAAUAUUACCUAAGCCUAAAAUUAAUGGUAAAACAGCAAGGCAACAAUCAUUUUAUGCAUUUGAAGUAAAUUUAAGUAAUUUUGAAAUUCGUUAG